AUGAAAUCGCCGACGAAAAAUUGUCGCUCAUCGCACCGCGCAGACGACAAUUUCUCUGAACCAAAUCUACAACAGAAGAGUGAUAAGGUAAGAUUUGAUUUUAAUAAUGGGCAUAGAAUGAGUUUUUAAGAACUUUAAAAAUUUUUUUUCAAUCUGAAAAAAGUUUAAAAAAAUUUUCGGAAUUUUUUACGACAACUGGCAUGAAUUCUUACUUUUUUAAUUAAUUUUGAAUUUAAAAAUAGAAAUAUUUUCAAAAACACCCUUUCACCCUUAUUUUACCCCUUUCAACCCAAUAAUCGGCCCCAAAAGUAAAGGGAAAGAAAAGGAAAGAGAGUCAAACGUGUACGCCCAUAGCCCGUUGAACGCACGCCAUCCCGUCCGAUCUGGCAAGUUAAGCAACGGUGCGCUUGAUUAGUACUUGGAUCGGAGACGUCCUUGGAAUCUCAAGUGGCGUACGCAUUUUUGCCGUUUUAUGAUAUUUUUGGUACUAUUUUUGGGUUUCGAGGUAGGGGGAGUGUUGUUUUACAUCCUUUUAGAGAUGGUUUUUGGUUUGAACUGUGUUUUACUCUUUCAGGAUCUGAAUCUUGAGGUAACAAACGUUGGAGAUGAAAGAGAAACAUUUGGAAAUCUUUUGACCAAAAAUCAAAUUGAAGCGGCUAGUCGGUUUAUAAAAGCUACUAAUCUUAAAGGUAUGUCAUUGUAAAAAUAAUUUUUAAGAUUCAGGCAAGAACUAUGUUUACAAGGCAUCAAAUAGCAAGAAAUUGGUUUACAUAUAAAAAAUUUGUAUCCAUCGUAUAACUUGUCACCCGCAGGCAGCACAGCUCUAAUUUUUCUUGUUUCGAUUUGAAAUUGCAUAAACUUUCUUUACAAAACAGAAAAUGACAAGAACUUUCUUUACGAAACAAAAAAUGGCAAUAACUUUCUUUACAGAGCAUAAAUCUUUACUUUUAGGUAUUGACGGUAUAAUAAAAGAGUACGAAACAGAGAUACGACCGUAUGUUCCAGCAAACCUAAAAUACGAAGCGUUCACCGAACAUGAAACGAAAAAUCGAUUUAAAGAUGUUGUAUGCAUGGAUCACUCAAGGGUUAUACUGAAUAGUACUACUGGUACAGAUUAUAUUCAUGCCAACUAUGUGAUGCUGAAGGGGUACUGGAGGCGGAGGUUUAUUGCUGCACAGGUGAGUACUGUUAAGGUUUUUGGUGUUGUAAUGGCAGGAACUUUGCUUACAAUUCAUAAAAUCACAAGAACUUCCUUUACAAAAGGUAAAAUGGAAAAAACUUUCUUUACAAAACAUAAAAUUGCAAAAACUUUCUUCAAAAAAACGUAAAACGACAAUAACUUUCUUUACAAAAAUUUUUUUUCAGAAUCCGAUAGAUGCUACAGUAAACGAUUAUUGGCUAAUGGUAUUCCAGACCAAAUCUUCAGCAAUAGUAACUUUUUCGGAUUCUUCUGAAGAGUUGGAUCAAAACACCGCUUUAUACUUUCCACAAAUACCAGGAACCAGUACUUGUUAUGGAAAUGUUUUAGUUUAUACUAAAACGGUAAUUUUAUAUUUAUUAUUUUGGAUUUUUAAGUAUCAUAAUAAAAAAUCGAUUUUUUAUGAAUUUAUGGCUGAUUUUGAAAAAAUUUUUAUAAUUUAAAAUUUUUGGGAUUUGCUUUUUAUCCCACCACGAAAACUUGAAUUUCUGUUUUUUCUUAUGAAAUUUAAAAAUUUUUGAAGUCAGGUCUUGGUCCCACCACGAUAAUUUGAAUUUUUGACUUACAGUUGAUUUUUAAUGAAAAUUUCUUAAAAUUAAAAAAUUUUGAAUUUCUCUUUUAGUCCCGCCACGAAAAUUCGAUUUUUCAUAAGUAUGGGUUCCAUGACGAAAACUUGGUUUUUUCUUAACUGGUUUUUGGUCCCACCACGAAAACUUGUUUUUCUUACAAUAUACCUACUUUUUUGAAAAAAGUUUUAAAUUUUGGAUUAAUCAAAUUUAAAUGUUUUCAGUGCUUCAAAAGGGAAGGCCUAACUGUCUACACAUAUGAAGUAAGUCAAGCUUCAGAAGCGAUGGAAACCAAGCUUUUAAUAAUGCAUAACUGGCCAGACCGAGGACGACCGCCGAAUAAGAUACGCAUGUUGAGGUUGAUUCGUUCAAUACCUAAAGUAAGCGGGUUUACCUUUACUCUAUUCUACUCUAAUUUACCUAUCAGGACCUUAUAUUUGUUAUGACACAUUCACCUAGUGUUUAAUAUGACACAUUGUUUUCUCCUUACACCUCUUGUUAAGCCUAUUUUACUCUUUUUUACUCACAUAAUUUCUCCCAAAAAGAGAGGGAAAAAAGCAAAAUGUUUUAAAAUAUAUUUUUUUGAAUUUUAAAAUUUUUUACAUUUUAAAACCAGCAACAACCUUUUUUACUCUUAUUUUACCCCCUUCAACCCAUUAAUCAGCCCCAAAAGGAAAGGGAACGAAAACGAAAGAAAUUUCCUCGUGUACGCCCAUAGCCCGUUGAACGCACGCCAUCAGAUAAGAAUGUUAAAUUGAUGUUUUAUGAUGUCUAGGAGUUAUGGCAUUGUAAAUUUUUCAUUAUUUGGUCUCAUGGCUUUUCUUAUAGCUUUGAAUUCUGAACUUUUUAAAAUUUUAUUUUAAUUCCGAGAAAUUUUCGGAAUUUUUUACGAAAACUGGCAUGAAUUUUUACUUUUUUAAUUAAUUUUUGAAUUUUAAAAUCGAAAUAUUUUCAAAAACACCCCUUCACCCUCAUUUUACCCCUUUCAACCCAAUAAUGAGCUCCAAAAGGAAAGGGAAAGAAAAGGAAAGAGAUACAGUUGUGUACGCCCAUGAAUGCAUGAGGUAAAAAUAGUUUAGGUUUGCUUUUUUUAUAUUUUUUAAACAUUUUUACGUCCAAAAACACCCCCUUUAAACAUCAUUUUACCCCUUUCGACCCUCUAUUUCCCCCAAAAGGAAAGUGAAAGAAAACGAAAGGUAAACAAUCGUGUACGCCCAUAGCUCGUUGAACGCACGCCAUCCCGUCCGAUCUGGCAAGUUAAGCAACGGUGCGCUUGAUUAGUACUUGGAUCGGAGACGUCCUUGGAAUCUCAAGUGGCGUACGCAUUUUUGCCACUUUAUGGUACUUUUUGGUACUGUUUUUGAGUUUGUGGAUUGAAACGGGUUGUUUUAUAUUGUUUUAGGGGUUAUAGAAAUGGUGUUUUGUAUUGCUUUUUCUGUGUUUUCGGGUAUGAAUUUUGGUUUUUGGGUAAAAUACGAUGAUUGUUCCUGGAUAAAUUUUUAUAUUCUUUUAGAUGGUUUUUAAUCUUUAGAUGUACAAAUUGAGAUAAACAUAUAUAUAUAUAUAAUUUUCAGGGAACAUGUAUUGUAAAUUGUACAUCUGGAAUUGGAAGGACGGCUACAGUUAUUGCCAUUGGUUUUGCUCUGUAUAGUUUCAUCAAACGAGAACAAGUACCAGAUGUAGGUUUUGUAAUUUUAUUUUAUUACCUAAAACUUAUUUUUUACUUUGAAACAGCUAAACAAAAGUUUUGUUGUUUUUUAACGUGCAUUUACACGUAAAAAGACGACAAGACUUUUUCGAAGCCUCAGUGUCACCUAAAUUAGUUGUUUUGUCUAUAAUAGUAUUCUAACUAGGUUGAGAGCACGUAUUUUACACUGAAAAUGUUUACAGAUAUCAGAAAUCGUGAGAACGAUCAGAACUCAACGAGUAUGUGCCGUCCAGACCGACCUUCAAUACCUGUACAUAUAUGCCAUCGUACUGGAAUACAUUAACCUCAAAAUCACGUCUAGCUACGAGAAAAUAAUCAUUGCUGAUUUCAUGCAACAUUUCAAAAACGCUAUCACACGAUGA